GCUGGUGAUACUAGUUGUUUGUUCGUAAAAUGUCUGGUCGGGGAAAGGGUGGAAAGGGGCUGGGGAAAGGUGGCGCUAAACGACAUCGUAAGGUGUUGCGGGACAACAUCCAGGGUAUUACGAAGCCUGCGAUCCGCCGCUUGGCUCGCCGUGGUGGCGUGAAGCGCAUCUCUGGGCUGAUCUACGAAGAGACCCGCGGGGUGCUGAAGGUUUUCCUGGAGAACGUGAUCCGCGACGCGGUGACUUACACCGAGCACGCUAAGCGGAAGACGGUGACCGCCAUGGACGUGGUGUACGCCCUGAAGCGCCAAGGGCGCACCCUGUACGGUUUCGGAGGCUGAAUCGGCUCUUAACCCCAAAAACUCAUUUAGCUUUUCUAAGGUCCUUUUAAGGGCCACCCACCGGUGCACGGAAAGAGCUGGGUUUGCUCGGAUUGGGAAGGUGGAGGGUUGUGGGGUUCGUGUGUAAAUUACGGGUUUGGCUGAUUUUGGGAUUACACCCUGUUUCUAUUGAGGUUUUUCUGGCUAAAUUGGUUUCCUUAAUACUGCAAACCUAGUACCCAAUUAAUGCUUCAUUGCUAUUUCCCCAGGA